AUGAACAUCCUCCUCGUCGCCCUAUUGAUACAUGGUGGGGCAUAUGCCUUCAAAAUGGGCAACGUUCGUAUGCAGAUGAAGACGACACAUUUCUGUAAUCUUGACUUGAGGGACGUCAAAGGGAACCCAAUGGGAUGUCACAUCUCCAAGGCUAUGGAGACUGAAGGGCUGGUUCUACCUGGUAUGGAUGAUAACAAGUCGUUCACCGUUCAUCGAGACAUCUUCAUCGCCAAGGACGGUCAAGCAGUGGUUCAAGCAGCGCCAAGUCACCCGUACCUGUAUCUCUUCAUGGUCCAGAACGAGACGCACUUCAGCACCUCCCAAUUCUUCAAUAAACAGUCGUUCCUCAUAAACCAGGGAACCAGGAAAAUGGAUGAUAUGCCCAAUUCUCGCAGGCUCAAUGCCAAUCGUACGCUCGAGGAUGAUGGUUGGAUCUAUAAAGGCUUGAUAGAUGACGGUGAACGCAAGCUGAACAUGUGGUCCAGAAGUGGCGUAGAAGGUGUUGAUCCCAAAUCGGGUCUCAACUUCACUGCCCUCGCUCAGACUGGUGCGAUCAGUAACAGUUGGGUUCUCUAUCUUGACGAGAAUCACAAGCAGAUGGUGGAUCUCUUGGGUAUCAAUACCUUCGAUGAAAAAAUCUAUCUCGAGUCCAAGGUCACUUAUUGGGAAGAUCUCGACGAUGCAUUAACUUUGGAUGAUGCCAUAAAGGAGAUUCACGCGGCGAGGGAUGGAGUGAUUAUGUGCGCAGUACGUCGUACUGAGUACGAGGAGCUUGAAAGUGGUCAAACGUGGUCAGACCGGUGA